GACCGAGGCUAUCUUGAGUGCAGCUAUCCAUCAGCUGGAUAUUCAAGAAAGUGAUACAUUUAUCUGCCUGAUUGACAACCAACAGUACAGUGUGCGGUUACCUCGAAGACUCAACACAGCUAUCUCUCACUUCACUAAACUGCUAAGUAACCACAGACACAAGGUGCCCUACCACGUUCUACUGAAUUUCUACUGCCCAGUGUCUGCGGAGUGUCCAGGCAACCAUGGCGAUGAAGACACAACUUCUGUGCUUCGAAAUCUGGUGUCCGAACACUUGUCACAUGAUCAGGUGUUGGGUUUCCUUAAGAGCGUAUUGAAACGUUUGGUCCCAUUGGAGCUGUGGGGGUCAAAGUACAACAGGAGGAUGUUCUACUAUCACCUGCGGAAGUUCCUUCAGCUUCGGAGGAGAGAAACACUGUCUGUGAAGCAGAUGUGUGAAGGAGUUAAGUUUGCUCACUGUGAUUGGCUGAAGCUCCACCCACCCAAGCACAAAGGAAGACCACACCCACCACAGAGACGUCUCUUUGAACGUCUUAUUCACUGGCUGAUGACAGGUGUCAUAAUCAGGACACUCAAGGCUUUCUUCUACGUGACCGAACAUUCUGAGCAUCAGAACUGCCUCUUCUACUACAGAAAAAAGGUGUGGUCUCGUAUCCAAGAGCUGGCUGUUCGUAUCAUCCCCUACCAGCAGAUCCCACUGGAAGAGGUACAGCAUCACGUUCACUUCGGGCACACUCUUGGAAUAUCAAAGCUACGAUUCCUUCCAAAAACGAAAGGGGUGAGACCGAUUGUCAACUUCCGGUCCAAGAUCAACUUAUCAGGUCACCCCCAGCUGUUAUCUAUCAACGAUCAGCUGAGGGACGUCUUCCAUGUGCUUAACUAUGAGAAGAACACACGGCCCGAGAUCAUUGCCAGCUCUUGUUUUGGGCUGCAUGAGGUUUUCGUAAAACUGAAGAGAUUCUCAACCGAACAAAAGAAAGUUGAUACACCAACCAAAGAGCCGUUGCUGUUUGUUCGAGUCGAUAUCUCCAGUUGCUAUGACUCGAUGGUUCCAAAGAAAGCUCUUGAGAUUGUCUCUAAAGAUGUCUUGUCUCAGAGAUCGUAUCUGAUUCGCUGCUUUGCUAAGCUGUUCAUAUCCAGGGAACGGGUUCAGCGAUUGUUCUUGAGAGCAGCUACUGCAAAAGUGAAUUCUCCUUCAUUCUUCAAAUUUGCGAAGCAGCAGGCAAAGAAUCACUCGAACUGCAUCUUUGUUGAUAAGAGUCUCUGCAUUGAAAUCAAAAAGGAGAAAGUGAAAUCGCUGCUGCAAAAACAUCUGUUUGGGAACCUGGUCAAGCUCGGCAACGACUACUACAAGCAAGUACAGGGAAUUGCCCACGGAGCUAAACUGUCAACUCUGUUAUGCGGGUUCUAUUACGCUGAUAUGGAACAGAACUGUGUUCUCCCAACUGUCGACCCAAGCAAAGGACUUCUUAUGAGGUAUGUCGACGACUUUCUUCUCAUCACUCGAGAAGUAGGUGUGGCCAGGGAAUUCCUGACAACCAUGCAGAGGGGCGUGGCAGAGUACAACUGCACCAUCAACCCCGCCAAAACAGUCACCAACUUCAAACUGGGCAAAGAUGAAGAGAUUGAGUAUCUGGAAAAUGUCGAGUGGGUUAAAUGGUGCGGUCUCUUGUUAAACACGAAGACACUGGACGUAAUGGCCGACUUCUCAAUAUACACCUCCAAGAACAUUCGUGACAACAUGACCAUUGCACUGCAUAGCAAACACUUCAGCUACCUGCGGCAUUUCAGUAGAAGAAUAAUCAGGCUGAAGUGCAUGCCUGUGCUGUUGGACGCUCAGGUUGUGACAAACAAAACUGCAGUGGUCAAUAUCUACCAAGGCUUCCUCAUCGCCAGCUACAAGUACCUCACUGUGCUACUGAGCAUGCCCAAUGGCAACAAAAUGGCAUACCCUUGUAAGCGUGGUGGCUUCACUCGGAAAGACUUUCUCUUCUUCUUCAAGACAGCUGUUAAGAUGUUUGCAUAUUUCUGGCAGUUAGCACAGAACAGAGGAGUGAGUAACCCGUUCCUAAAUGAGAGUGUGUGUGUGUGGCUUGGUUGCCAUGCUUUCAAGAAAGUGCUGAUUCAGCAUCAACCCCACAAGAAGCUAUUUCUUAUUCAUCUUCUCGCACAAAAACUAGAGUCUCUCUCCAACAGACUGGUAAGGAUACACUGUGCAUGGCCUAUACUACUAAAUAUGCCUCGGUGCGCAUGCGCAAGCGAGGUAUACGGUAGUGUGUGUGUGUGUGUGUGUGUGUACUGCUACAGCUGCUCAAGGAUCAAUGAAGUGCAAGUAAGAGUUUCUAUAGGCUUCUAGUCGUGUUUUCUGAUUUUAAUUCGUAGAUUUGCAAAAUAAUGCUUCGUUCUUCGCCUAGUUGUGCUACUUGGAAUGCCAUUGCAGCCUUUUUAGAAGAGUGCAUAAAAAAACUUGUCCAUGGAGUGUUGCUACUCUACUUAGUAGUUAGCUCUGCACUAAAAUGCUAGCUAUUAGUAAGCUAGACUUAAACUUUUGGCAUCAAUCGUUUUUAACUACAAUCAUGGUCGAUCAUUACCCACUCUUUGAGUUUCUUUGUGAUUCUGCCUGAAUGCAGCAAAAUUUAUGCAAAAAUGUUCAUCAUGAUAUAAUGUGUAUUAUCUUUUGUUAUGUACCUUUGACACCUCCACCGAGGCACCAGCACCCGUGCAUGGUACGUGCUUUCAUUAAUUAAUUUUUUGUGCAUAAUUUUUAUUAAUAAUUUAUCGC